CAAAGCUAGGUAUUUCGAUGUAUUUGUAAGUGAGCGAGUCUUACCGUCGAAGGAAACAUGGCAGAAUGUCCCGAAAGUAGUAGUGGUAGUACUGUCACAGUUAUUGAGGAAACGAGUGAGAGUCCAUUGGUAUGUACUGCAUACUUCAUCGUCUCAAGCAAAUUAUUCUUCUUGAAAUCGGUCAGGUUUACCAUAAUUUUUAAACCACUGGCACAGCGGAUUGAUUCUUCUGUAUCUUGCAAUCUGAAUGAAAUCUUAGGUUUAGAUGGUUUCAAAGUAGCUUUAAAAAAAUUAAAAUUAGCAUCUUGCUAAAGGAAUAAAAAUAAUAGAUGAAAUACUGGUUUCAAAUAUUAUUAAGCACUCACUGUUUGCUGACAAGUUCCUGUCGCUACUAAUUGAAAUAUUAUGUAAGGUACAUUUGGGUGUAAUUGCUCAUUUCGAAGGUUGAUAAGAUCAUGUUUCCAAGUUCUGACACAAAAGAGUAAUUUCAAACUGCUGUCAAGCCAUCUGUUAUUGUGCUGUAGGCUUUCAAGUAUCCCUUAGCAUGGUGUAAACAACACCUAUUACUCAUUGCCUGCCCCUGUUGAAUGUCCUCUUUGAGCUAUUACUGACUGCUUCCUGGUCAAAAUUUGUGCCAAAACACGUUUUGAUUUUCACUUAAUUUAAUUCCAUGACACUGGUAUUAAUGUACUCUUUCAUUUUUAAUUAAAGUAAAGUUGUAAAGGUUAAAUUCAAUGGGAAAAUAUUAAUGCAAGGCUAAAUUUUACUCACAGCAACAGAGGCUUGUACUGAAACUAAAGAAACCCAAAUCAGAGAAGAAGGUGCAAUGGGAUGAAAGUGCAGUAGAUAACGAGUUUAUGGGAAAGAAAACAUCAAAAUGUAAGAAGUAAACAAGGUUAUAUAUUUAAAUGUAAUAUGAGUGAACAUGGGUCUCAAUAAGCAGUUCUUUCCUCUUUCUCGUUGUUCUUCAUUUUUACCUAUCAUUAUUUGUUCUACACCUUAAUUGGACAAUCCAUCAUCUCCUUAUAUAUUUACAUAAAAUUUCCCUAUACUUUGCUGAUCCUAGUAGUAAACAAGAUGUCUAACACACAUUGAAUCAGGAUAUGGCUUGUCUUACUAGUGAGUUCUAGGCAGCUUUGUUGGUAGAGCACUGGUUUGUGAAAUCAGAAGUUCAAAGGUUUGAAUCCUCAACUGAGACUCAGGUUUGUUCUCUCCCACCCUUGUGUAGGUUGUUGUAUUUAUUCAAAGCCCAAGAUGUUUGGAGACUCCUCAUCAGAAAGUGAUAGUGAGGAUGAUGGAUGUAAGCACAACUCUUACUGCACAGGCCACAAAAAGAAAGGCCACAGACAUAGUCAUGAUCAUAGUGACAAAGGAGAUGACCCUGCUACAUUCAAUUCCAACCCAAGUGUAAAUAGCUGAUUAUUUUGACCAAUACAAAACAUUUAUCUGAUAUUAUUUUAUUAACAUAGGUUAUACAAUAUGUAUAAAUGUACAGAGAUUAGUACAGUAGCCAACAUUGAUGUCUCUGUUAACAGUCAGACAUGGUUCCUUCCUUCAUGUUGUCAAACAGUGCAAUUAAUUGUCACUGUAAAAGAAAAUUUAACUUGGGAUAGAAUGGGAUCAUUAAAUAAUUCAAAUUGGGACCAGAAUUGUUGAACAAAUGAAAGUUAAUGUUAAGGAGACAGUUACUGUUGAUAUGUUGAUGUUGUUUAUUUCCCUAGCCCCUGAGCAAUGUUAGAAUUUUAAUAAUAGCCUAUUAAGAAUCACCCUGAGUAAAUGAAAUAGGUGAAUUGCUGCUGAUUUCCCUAAAUGGGAUAUUUGUAAUCCAAACUCUUUUUGGAGCGAAAUGCCUGCAGUGUUAGUUUUCCUUUUUUUUGACAGUGUGCCUUAAGGCAUGAUUUGUGGUGUAAACCAAAAAAUACUUUACUAAUUGUUAUUUGGCUGGAAUUUGACUGAAACUGUUUAUCAUAAUUGUGUUAUCUCUGUGAUGGUUUAAGGAAUUCCCAAUCGCAAAGCUCAGAUGUCUUAAGUAACUUUUGUAAAUAGCCUCCUUGAGGUAUUUUUAAUAACACCCUUUGAAUUAAAGUUACCUUCAAUUUUGUAAUGUUACACAAGGGCUGGAAAUGUAUUUACUUGACAA